GUUUCUCUUCAAAAGCUUCUAUGUGUACUGGUGUAACAUUUGUAGGAUGUGUGCUAUAAGGCACAGUAUUCUGAAUAUUCACAAAUGGAGUCUUGAUAAAUAGGCUGGUUUUAUAGCUGCAUUGUACUGAGGAGCUUAUUGUCUAAAAAUGAUGGCAGAGUGGAGUAAAUCCCAUCUGAAAGUGGUUCUGGUAGGAAACUCUGGUGUGGGAAAAUCUUCAAUUAUGACUCGAUUUGUGGACCAUCGAUUUACUAACAUGUAUCGUGCUACCAUUGGGGUGGAUUUCCUGACUAAAGAGAUGACUGUGGACCAAAGCCCAGUGGUCUUUCAGAUCUGGGACACCGCUGGCACAGAGAGGUUCCACUCAUUGGGCACUUCCCUGUACCGCAGGGCUCACUGCUGCCUUCUAGUGUUCGAUGUGACCUCAGCAGCUUCUUUUAGUGCUCUGGACGGCUGGAAGAAGGAGUUCCUUGCACAGUCAUGCCCCACCGAACCUGCAAGUUUCCCCUUCAUAGUCCUUGGCAAUAAGACUGACCUGGAUGUCCGAGAGGUUUCAAUGAACCGUGCACGGCUGUGGUGCGAGGCUGUGGGAGCGCAGUAUUUUGAGUGCAGUGCUAAGGAAGGCACAGCAAUUGACGCAGCGUUCGAAGUUGCAGCCAGAGCUGCUCUGCACUAUUUUAGGUCUAAUGCUAUGGAUCAUAGAGAAGAAGUCAAAAUAACCAGCAAGCAAGAAACAAACAGCAAACAGUCAGAAGUCCUGCGAAGUCCCCAGUGUAACUGCUGAAGUCCUACUGAGGUCCCAGUGUAGUGACUCAAAUGGACAACAGGUGCGAUUAACCUCAGAUGGAAACAAACAUCCAUUCAUCAAAGGCUAGAUUUACUGAGCCAUCUGUUUAAUCAUUUUAUGACACAAUGCAAACAGGACACGUUUUACCAGCUUGUUGACAAUAUAAUCUUGAUACUUUUAAUUACAUGCAUCUUUUGGAAGCAGGGGAUUUGAAGAACAAAAAUAUCGAUUUACUUUAACCUCUCCUCCUACCACAUACCUUUGAACAAAGGUCUUCAAACGGUUCUUGAAAAUCCUUCUGACAUUUGUGCUUCGUGUACCGAGUCUUAAGAAAUUCUUGACUGGUUGGUUGUUUUAUAGUUGAAGUGGAAGUGUUUAAACAGACCCUUGAUGGUCAUUGGUGACAGGGUUUAAACAAGUCGACACAUUUCUGAUGGGGAUGUAUUCACCUUGAUGUAUGCAAAUAACAAUGGGCACCAAAAAUGUACCUUUUUUUUGGUCCUACAAACUAUAAUAGACAAAGUAUUAGAAGAUCCACCUAUCAGGCAUUGUUUUAAGUGAAAGCAAAUUACGUAUUCAUAAAUAAGGCCAUUAUUACUACGCACUGUUUGAUUUACGCCUGUAUUUGGGCUCAGGAAAAUCCUUCUUCAGUGUCCAGCAAUAAUCUGACAACAUAGAGGGGAUCCACUUUCCUUGGUAACACAUUUCCCUACUAUACAUUGUCAUUUGCAAGUAUACUAUAAUAAAAAACUAUGGCUGACAAAAUCUGAAACCAUUUUCAUUAAGCAUGCCAAAAUAUAUAAGAAACAGGCUUUUGGGAAUCAUUUAAUCAGGGUAACUGAGCAAAAAAAAAAAACAAAAAAAAAGUGUCAACCAAAAAGUGGCUAAAAAAAGAUGAGAAGAAUGCACCUUUAUUUAGAGUCUGAAUAGAAAAGUAUGUAUUUUAUUGGCCAUGACGGGUGAUAAUCGAUCUAUCAGACCCUCAUCUUUUUCUUUCUUUCUUUGCUUUCAGUUUAGACUGAAAAACCCAAGUAGCGCACUCAUGAGAUUCACGAGUCUGGACACGUGUCCAGCCUGACUGGACACAUUUUGUCUGCUGGGAUCUCACAGGACUCUUAGAUGACAGUAGUGAGACUACAAAGGAACUGAGUUUGGUGCUUUGGCGUGGAAUUCACUUCACCUUUCAAGCACAUAAACGUAAUUUGUAGCAGCAACAAAUUUACGUGUAAUUUGAGAAUAAGAGGGCUGGUAUGCUAUAGAGGUUUGUCUUUAAUAGUCAUAUAAAAAUGGUCAAAAACCUUUGUACAAGCAUGUGUUAAUUUUAAAUUUACAGGAUUGCCAGAAAUUGAGGCAAAGAUGUUCUUUAAUUUCUCAAAACAAAAAAAAGGAAGGAAGAAAAAAAAAAUAUAUAUAUAUAUAUAUAUAUAUAUUUAUAUAUAUAUCCCAUUUACCCCAAAGCGUCUUACCACAUAAAUCAAAAGGACAUAAGUUGAACUGCUGCUAGAAUCACACCAGCUAAAUGAGUCUUAUUCCCAAACAAGAAGUCAAUAUGAAUCACCAGGGGCACAGUAUAUAUUCUUGGCAGGUGGGGGGAGGGGUAGUGUAAGUCAAGACACAAAAAGGAAAUUGGGAGAUGACCAACAUGUAGAAACCUUGUUGUUACAGGUAAUAUGUAAAAUGCCAGGAUGAAAUCAUUUUCUUUUGUAGUAGGAAUGAACUAUAAUACAAUUGAACCCGUCCUUCGCUUUAAAUCAAUAAGAACAUCAAAAAAAGAAUCCCCGAUCGGUCAAGGAAUCCGUUUUAAAGACAAAACAAGCAGACAUUAAAACGGACUCUGUAAACAGUUAAAUUUUUCUGUAAAAUACAGAGCCAAACAAGAAGGAAAGUAAAAAUUUAUUAAGUUUCACAUGGACAACUUCCUUCACAAUCUAGAGCAGAGAAAAAUCUACAAAUCCCGAUUCUGGAACAUUCUAAAAAAGCUAGAGGGAAAGCCAGAGUGAGCAGAUCAACCCUGGGAAUACAGGACAUGGAGAACACACACACACACAAAAAAAAAAAAAAGCUUGGUAGGACAUCUCCGUGGUUGGCGUACAACAUACACUAAAUGGAACAAGCAUAAAAAAUCUGAAGUAAACAAAGUUGGCGACACACCCCUGCCUGUAUGCGGAAGGCUCUUUCAACUCCAUUCAGCUACACCACACCUCAGUGUGUCAACACUGCCAGCACACUUUACAUCACACACCAUUAUACCAAGCGCACUAAACCAGUCAAGCUUUCAUACACUCU